AUGGAAACUGACCGAAUUCUGCUUGCCACAUCUUCUAUCGGAUCUGUGCAACCGAAAAGGUGCAUCCGUAAUCAAGGGACGCUGAGUCCGCCAACGGCUUUAUCUAAGGUGCAGCCUGCUUCUCAUACCGGUAUACAGUCUGCGCGCAAGUUACCUAGCCAUACCGUGGGCGUGAAUAAAUCCAAACAGUCAAAGAGUCGAAACGCUCCUCUUCAUGCACCACCGCCAUCUCCCAUAGUAGCCGGCCGUAAACCGAUCCGCUCAGUACUGAGUCCUCUAAUCCCUUAUAAUUCUAACUCGCCAGAGGAAGGUAGCCUGGGGGAGUAUCAGCACUCAUAUCCUUCGCUUGAGAGUGUUUCGUCUCUUUCUACAUAUGAUAUUUACUCGCCUGAUCUAUUGUCAUCUCUUUUAAGUCUACGGGAUCACCAUUCAGAAGAUUAUGAUUGUGCGCAAAUUAUCGCCGAUUCAUCAUAUAUCUCCUCCAUUCAAUCGCUCGAAUUACAUGAAAAUGGCCUGGCGAACGAUACAUUCGACCUGCUGGAGCGUCCCUCUGAAUGGCUACCAUCCUAUUUUCAUUUCUCUCCAGCUCUUGCACAUUUCGACAACGAAGACGUGGAAAAUAUAAUUCGACAGUCCAUCCCGGAAGUCAACUUUUCAUCCUGUUGGGACGCUCCAUCCUCAUCAGUGGAUUGCUUCAAGAAUCUCUUGAAAAUGUCCAUAUCUUAUGAGCCAUCUUUGCAUCCAGAAUCUCCAGCGAUGCUCCUGUCUCGCUACGACCGACAGACCUGUGGGAUUCUAUCCGUGAAAGAUGGGGUAUCUGAAAACCCUUGGCGCACCUUAGUGUGGCCCCUUGCCGCAGAUUGCCCUGCACUCUUCCAUGCAAUAUGCUGCCUGUCCGCAUUUCAUUGUGUCAAAGAAAACCCUCGCUUGAGAGUUCAUGGUAUGGACCAUAUGCGGCAGAGCAUCAGUAUGCUAGCCAGUGAGAUCGGAGCCAUGAAAACGGAUGAAGCAUUAGCUACGACUCUUGUGCUCGUGUUUGCAGAAUCCUGGGACCGACACAUUUCCACAGGCAUGCAGCAUCUUCGAGGGGCACGGGUUCUAUUGAACCAGGCGGUGGUGCGCCAACGCCAGCGUAUUAAUCCCUCAGAAAAAGAAAUCGCAUGCUUGCGGUUCUUGUACAAUACUUGGCUUUACACAGAUGUUGUUGCAAGACUCAUCUCGCUCGAAGACGACGAAUUUGAUGAAGCUUCAAUGCCUCAGGAUUUUACUCUAAAUCUCCCACAUUCGUCCGUUCACGAGGUUGAUCCUCUGAUGGGAUGUGCAACGACUCUGUUCCCACUAAUAAGCCGAGUUGCCAAUUUGGUCCAGAAAGUCCGCAGGUCCAAAAGUAACUCUAUUCCCCUCAUAUCACAGGCAAUGGAGCUUAAAACUCUCAUCGAGCAAUGGGAGACUCCAAAGUAUUUCCAACCUCCAGAGGAUCCAACUUCAAAUGUCCAACACAACUUCCAAACAGCUCAAGCGUAUCGCUGGGCAACUCUGUUGUAUCUACAUCAAGCAGUUCCCGAGAUUCCAUCUGAGUGCGGAGCUGAACUUGCCAAGCGCGUUCUUGUGCUAUUGGCUACUGUCCCUCUGAGUUCGCGGGCAACAAUUGUCCAUAUAUAUCCCCUAUUUGUCGCGAGCUGCGAGGUGGAAAGCGAAGAGGAUCGGAAUUGGGUCAAAGAGCGGUGGGCGGCGAUGCAGUCGAGAUUAAUGAUUGGAAACAUCGAUCGAUGCCUUGAGGUUGUUCGGGAGGUAUGGCGACGCAGGGACGCGUUCAAUCGGCAGAAUAUGAAUUCGCUACGAGCAUCCUUCGUGCAGCCUAUCGAUACAACCAAACGAAAAAGCAUCUACGGAGUUGGCAAAGCUCCUGACGUGCAUGAUGGCGAGAAGAUGGAGGAAAAUUCCGCGACUUUCGAGCUUUCAGACCAGAGGCCCAACAACGCAUGCACUUCAGUUAUCGCGGUUGCGGGAAAAGGUAAAACAUCUCGUUCGUUCUCAUCGCCAAUUAGUCCGAUUAGACGAGGAUCUUUUAUUCCCGGAUUGGAUGAUAUGGAGAUCGAGCGCACUGUGCGGGGGAGAUUGCACUGGGUCGGGGUAAUGAAGGAUUGGGACUGGGAAGUUCUUCUGGGAUGA